GUAUAUGAGACUGUUAAUCCCCGUGACUUUUCUCAGCGCUCAUUGUCAUCGGAAAUUACUUGGAAGAAACAGUAUUGGAAAAAAAAAUGAUCAAUGUUACGCGUUACUACCAGAAACUUUGACAUUUCUCUUGGAAUACAAGUCCAAGUAUUUAGGUUAUAUCAUGUGUUAUACGAAGUGUUUAGGAGUGCAGCCAUCAAUCAGAAAGCCUCCAACUCAUUUUCCGCCUUUGUAUGAGUAAAUGAUCAUCCAUUGCUCUGAUCCACUCAAAGACUGAAAAAGGAGUUCCUUUAACUAAAAUCCAUCCAUUCCAAUUCUGGCUGCUGCAGCAAGUUACAACUGUACGUGCAAAAACUGCAAGUCCCAGGAAAAGUGGAAAGCUCACCUCGUACACCUUUUGGAUUAGGAAGCUGAUGCUAUGAGCUAGUGGUAUAAAAAUAAAUAAAAUUUUGAGGCUUAGAACCGAGGCAAGACUGGUAGUACUAUUGAGCUUCCAAAACAGUGAUGGCUUCUACUGUUAAAGUGAUUCUAGGCACAAUUGCCUUUGGAAUCUUCUGGGUACUGGCAGUUUUCCCUUCUGUCCCUUUUCUACCAAUUGGGAGGACUGCAGGGUCCCUACUGGGGGCCAUGCUAAUGGUCUUAUUUAAGGUCAUAACCCCGGAUCAAGCUUAUGAAGCAAUUGAUCUCCCAAUCCUGGGUCUUCUGUUUGCAACAAUGGUUGUGAGUGUCUAUCUUGAAGAGGCAGAUAUGUUCAAAUAUUUGAGUAAGUUGCUUUCAUGGAAGAGUAAAGGAGCUAAGGACUUGAUUUGUCGAGUCUGUGUGAUUUCUGCAAUAUCAAGUGCCUUUUUCACCAAUGACACCGUUUGUGUGGUUCUAACUGAAUUUGUACUGAAAAUUGCAAAGCAACAUAAUCUACCCCCUGAUCCUUUCCUGCUUGCUCUUGCCACCAGUGCAAAUAUUGGGUCUGCAGCAACUCCUAUUGGAAAUCCUCAAAACUUGGUUAUAGCACUUAAGAGUGAAAUUCUUUUUGUGGAUUUUCUUUUUGGAGUUCUCCCUGCAAUGCUGGUAGGAAUAGUUGUGAAUGCUUUGCUUCUUAUAUGCAUGUAUUGGAGGGUGUUAUCUGCUCAGAAGGAUGAACAGAAUGCGACAAGUGAAAUGUUUGUGGUUGAGGAGGGUGUUUCUCUUUUGUCUAGAAGAAACUCAAAUGCUUCAAAAGAGGGGAUAAAUGAUGUAGUUUGCCCCAAAGAGGAAGAAACUGCCCCUUUAAUGACAGAAGGAGAAGAAAAUGUGACCACAAAGUGGACAUUCUGUGUUUACCUUGUUACUAUUGUCAUGCUGGUUGCUAUGUUUAUGGGUUUCAACAUGUCCUGGACAGCAAUUACUGCUGCACUGGCUCUCAUCGUUUUUGAUUUUAAGGAUGCUCGACCUUGCCUAGAAACGGUGUCCUAUUCGCUUUUAGUUUUCUUUUGUGGAAUGUUUAUCGCAGUCAAUGGUUUCAACGAAACUGGAAUUCCAAGAAGUUUCUGGGACAUGAUGGAACCCUAUUCAAGGAUCAACCAUGUUUCUGGGAUAGCAGUUCUUGCUGUUGUCAUACUACUCCUGUCAAAUUUGGCUUCCAAUGUGCCAACGGUUCUCUUGCUGGGAGUGGAGGUAGCAGCUUCAGCAGGUGCAAUCUCUUCAGUAGCUGCAAUCUCUUCAGCUCAUAAGAAGAAAGCAUGGCUCAUUUUAGCUUGGGUUAGCACGGUUGCCGGGAACUUGUCACUAUUAGGAUCAGCAGCUAACUUGAUAGUAUGUGAGCAAGCUCGCAGACGUGGGUACAACUUGUCCUUCUGGAAUCAUCUAAAGUUUGGCGUUCCCUCCACUCUUAUAGUCACUGCUAUUGGUUUGACACUUAUAAGGUGAUAACACUGUUUAAAUUACACGGUCGCCCCUCCUGAUGCAUGUAUGUAUGUUCAUUUGGCUACAAAAUUAUUGGUGUCUAUACUAUA